CUUUAUGGAAAAACGCUGUAUGAUGCCAUCAAAAAAGAAACGUCGGGAGAUUUCAAAGAACUUCUACUGGCAGUUGUGACCUAUGCUUUGGAUCGACCCCUGUUUAUUGCUCAAACUCUUCGUGCCUCUAUGGCCGGCGCCGGCACGUGGGACUCCACGCUGAUGCGUCAACUGGUGCUUCGUUCCGAUAUCGACCUGGAGAGUGCGAAACGCAAGUUUGAGGAAACAGAGGGACAGACACUAGAGCAGUGGAUUAAAGGCGACACAUCUGGAGACUACCAGAAGCUCUGCCUUGCACUUGCCGCCUCACCAAAUGACGUCUAG